AUGUCCAAGAAGCUCGAGACGAAGCCGCAGGUGAUUGUGAUCCUCGAGAACGCAGCGCUGGAGACGGUCAAGACGGCCAAGGGCCACCAGCUCCUCAACUGCGACGACCACAAGGGCAUCCACAAGAAGCACAACAAGGACCCGUCGGCGUCGCGCCCCGAUAUCUUGCACCAGGAGCUCAUGGCGCUGCUCGACAGCCCGCUCAACAAGGCCGGGUACCUCAAGGUCUACAUUCGCAGCGCCAAGAACGUGCUCAUUGAAGUGAGCUCGCAAAUGCGCAUUCCGCGCACGUACAAGCGCUUCGCCGGCCUCAUGGGUACGCAAGCACUCGAUAUAUAUGGAUGCGCUCACACGCUUUUCACGCGCGUCAUCAAGAACCCGAUCGACGCGCACUUGCCGGCCAACAUUAAAAAGUACGGCUGCUCGUGCACGGGCGACCUCGUGGACCCGUGGGAGUUUGUCUCGGAGCUUCCGCGCGAACCCGUCGUCUUUGUCCUUGGCGCGAUGGCCCACGGCCACAUUACCAAGGAAAUGUGCCCGUACAUUGACGAGAUGAUCUCGGUCUCGGAAUACCCGUUGAGCGGUGCGCAGGCCGUCGCGCGUCUCCUCAACGGCUUUGAGCGCCACUAUGGCGUCUUGUAA